GUGCUGGCGAUGAUAGGUGGAAAUUGGAACUGGAGCUGCACGGUCAGUGUGAGUGGAACCGCUGAAAGCACAAGAUGUCGGGCGUGACGUUCAAAAUUCUGGUCCUCGUUCUGGCCAUUGGCGGAGGAUUGGUCUACAAGAAUGUGAGCCAACUGUGGGGCGAUCUGCCCAAACCGGAGCUGGAUUCCCAGCAGUGGUGGGGCGAUGAUGCGGAACCGAAGGACUAUGCCGCCUAUCUGGUCAACUCCUCGGAGAUCAUAAGCAACAAGCUCAGCUAUCCCGAGAAGACCAUCCAAGACCUCAAGGAUCGACUCAACCGCACCCUGCGCCUCACUCCGCCCCUCGAGGGAGUGGCCUUUGAGUACGGCUUCAACACGGAUUACCUCAAAGAAGUCGUGGAGUACUGGCGCGAUGACUACCUGCCGCGUUGGCGUGAACGCGAGGUGUUCCUGUGGCAGUUCAACCACUUCACCACCGACAUUCAGGGGCUACGCAUGCACUUCUUCCACCUGAUGGUCUACGAUGAGAACAAGGUGGGAAAGCAACACUACCCGGUGCUGCUGCUCCACGGCUGGCCGGGAUCGGUGCGGGAGUUUUACGACUUGAUCCAUCUUCUGCACCAGUCCAACCUGGACAAGAACAACAAGUACAUCUUCAACGUGGUAGUGCCUAGUCUGCCUGGAUAUGGAUGGUCGGAGGGCACCUCACGUAAGGGUCUGGGUCCCGCUCAGGUGGCCGUGAUGAUGAGGAACCUCAUGCUGCGCCUGGGCUACGAUAAGUUCUUCAUCCAGGGUGGAGAUUGGGGUAGCAUCAUUGGCAGCAAUAUCGCCACCCUUUAUCCGGAGAAUGUCCUCGGUUACCACUCGAAUAUGUGCAGCAGCAUGAGUCCAAAGUCCCUUGUGAAGGGCAUCGUGGCCGGCUUCUGGCCCAGCUUGUUCGCUCCCUCUGGCUUUGAGGACUUCUUCUUCCCGAAAUCCAACGAACUCAAGUACCUUAUGGAGGAGAGUGGCUAUUUCCACAUCCAGGCCACCAAACCGGACACCAUUGGAGCCGCCCUCACCGACAAUCCCGUGGGCCUGGCUGCCUACAUCCUGGAGAAGUUCUCCACGUGGACAAAUCCCAGUUACCGUUCCCUAAAGGAUGGAGGCCUCACCAAGCGCUACAAGAUGGACGCCCUGCUGGACAACCUGAUGAUCUACUACCUGACCAAUUCGAUCACCACCUCGCAGCGUCUGUAUGCGGAGCAGUACGCCCAGGAGCAGCGUGAUCUACAACUAGAACGGGUGCCCACCUCUGUGCCCACGGGUUGUGCCCGCUUCAAGAGCGACAUAUUGCAGACUCUGGACUUCCAGCUGCAGGAUAAGUUCAAGAACCUUGUGCACAGCACAUAUCACAAGGAGGGCGGACACUUUGCCGCCUUGGAGGUUCCCAAGGUCCUGUACAAGGACUUCAUCGACUUUGUGAAGACGGUGGAGCGCAAGUUUAGGAUUAAGACUCUAUAGAUCAAACGUAAAACAAAAUAAAAUGUAUGUUAUCAAAUUCAA